CCUUCUAUGUUCUCCGCCCACUCCUCCGCUUUCUCUCUCUGAUGCUGCUCUUCUCCUCCUCCACAAAUCUCUUUGUCAAACUACCGAAUUUUUUUUCAGAAAUUGAGUAAAGAGAAAUGUUAAAAGUCCACAGAAUCAGCUCGGUGGAGUGGAAUCCAUCAGCAGUUGUGGCCCUAGCCACAAGCGCUGACAGCUCACAGGUCGCCGCCGCCCGCGCUGAUGGCUCGCUCGAGAUUUGGCUCGUUUCUCCCGGCUCCGUCGGCUGGCACCGUCAGCUCACGAUACAUGGAGACCCUAAUUCGAGAGUGUCUUCACUGGUGUGGUGUCGGUCGGGGCCGAGAGGAGGGCCGUUGGGCCGACUGUUGUCUUCCAGCAUCGACGGGUCGGUUUCAGAGUGGGAUUUGUUCGAUUUGAGACAAAAGAAGGUUCUGGAUUCCAUUGGCAUCUCAAUAUGGCAGAUUGCUGCAGAACCAUUUAAUGAUUUGCUGCUCGAUGUUAAGCAGGAAAUCAAGUCUUAUGAGAAUGGUCAUGCUAAUCCUUCUCUCACUAGUGGUGUAAAUGAAGGGGAGAAUAGUGAAAGUGAAGAUGAAGACAAUGAUAAAAAUGCAGUUGAAAUUCUUGAUCAUAAUGAUGCCAAGAAUACACGACUAGCACUUGCUUGCGAUGAUGGCUGUGUGCGAAUCUAUGGUGUGUCUGAUGCAGAAAAACUUACUUACAUCAGAACGCUGCCAAGGGUCAGUGGACGUACACUAAGUGUAACCUGGAGUUCAGAUGCAACUAGAAUUUAUUCAGGGAGUAGUGAUGGGUUUAUAAGGUGUUGGGAUGUGAAGUUAGCUCAUGAGAUAUAUCGAAUAACUGUUGGACUUGGAGGUCUGCGGAGUGGAAGUGAUCUUUGCAUAUGGUCAUUACUUGCAUUGAGAUGUGGAACCAUUGUUAGCGGGGACAGUUCUGGUAGUGUGCAGUUCUGGGAUGAUAAGUUCGGAACUCUUCUUCAGGCACAUUCCUAUCACAAGGGUGAUGUGAAUGCGUUAUCUGCUGCUCCUAGCCACAACAGAGUUUUUUCUGCUGGUUCUGACGGUCAGGUCAUACUGUAUAAACUUUCCAGUGAGUCAGUUGGUUCUAGGGACAGGAAGUUUGUUCCUGAAGUGAUCAAGAAAUGGAUUUAUGUUGGCUAUGUAAGAGCGCAUACACAUGAUGUGAGGGCAUUGACCAUAGCUGUACCUAUCAGCCAUGAAGAUUUGCCGCCUGAUGAAAAGGUGAAGAGGUCACGUGGCCCAGAGAAGCCCCUUGACUUCAGUUACCAUAAGUGGGCUCAUUUGGGGGUGCCCAUGCUUAUCUCAGCUGGCGAUGACACUAAACUUUUUGCGUAUUCUGUAAAGGAGUUUACCAAGUUUUCUCCACAUGAUAUAUGCCCUGCACCACAGAGAAUGCCCAUGCAACUUGUGCUGAAAACAGUUUUCAACCAGACGCCUUUGCUUUUGAUCCAGGCUGCACACUCGUUAGACAUCUAUUGUGUGCGUUUGAAAAAUGGUAUGGUAUCUGAUACAAGUCCUGGCCCAUCUGGUGGGCUCGCCAGCACCGAUUUAGUGGCACGAGUUAAAUGCAAAGCUUCUCGGAAGAUCAUAUGCAGUACAAUUUCUUCGUCGGGUACAUCAUUUGCCUACUCUGACCAUGUGAAACCCAAUUUAUUUGAGUUGAAGAGAAAUAAAUCAGGCAAGAGCCUGUGGAAUGUUAACAAAAGGCAGCUCCCUAAGGAAUUACCGUUUGCCCAUUACAUGGUUUUUAGCUCUGAUUCUUCACGGUUGCUAUUAGCUGGGCAUGACAGAAGGAUAUAUGUGGUAGAUGUUGGGAGUGCUGAGCUAGUUCAUGCUUUCACUCCUUGUCGCAAAGAUGGAGGUGAGAGUCUGCCGCCUAGUGAACCUCCCAUUACAAAAAUGUUCACCAGUACUGAUGGCCAGUGGUUAGCUGCCAUCAACUGUUUUGGAGAUGUGUAUAUUUUCAAUCUUGAGACCCUAAGGCAACACUGGUUCAUAUCAAGAUUGGAUGGAGCCUCUGUUACUGCUGGUGGUUUUACUCCUCAAAAUAGCAAUAUUCUCAUCAUCUGCACCUCUUCAAAUCAGGUGUAUGCAUUAGAUGUGGAGGCCAAACAGUUGGGAGAGUGGUCCAUGCGUCAUACGUUUUCUCUACCCAGAAGAUAUCAGGAGUUUCCUGGAGAAGUGAUUGGUCUUUCAUUCCAGCCGUCUUCUAGUUCAUCUUCUGUCAUUGUCUACAGUCCCAGGGCAAUGUGCAUGAUCGAUUUUGGGAUGCCUGUUGAUAGAGACGAUGACACUGACGUGCCAAAUGGUCAGGGAUUAACAAGAAAGUUACACAGCAAUGGAGCACUAAAACGUAAACUGCAUGGAUUAGAGUCUAAACUCAAUGGUAGAAGGAACUUUGAUUUUUGUGCAUUCAGAGAUCCUGUUUUAUUUGUCGAACAUCUUUCUAAAAGUUCUCUUCUGGUCAUAGACAAACCAUGGCUACAAGUUGUUGACACUUUUGAUGCCCAGCCUGUUCAUAGACACAUUUUUGGGACAUAAUACUCUUGUUAAAGGUGGGCCUUUAAUGCCUAUUAGGCUGGAAGGUUACAAAUGUUGCCUUCAAUCAUUUUUGCCCUUGCUUCUCUU